CUUUUUCCGCGCUUCCCCCUAAACCCAAAGCUCUCUCACCUUCUUCCAUGGAGAGGGGACAACAAAGUACACGCUGAAAAAGCCUCUCUGCAGCUCCAUUCUUCUUCCUGGAUUUCAAAUUAUACGCUCUAGGUCAGAGGCGAUUUUUUCGUUUCCUGAUUCUAACGGGAGUCAAAGAUGGAUUCUCUGUUGCAGCGUUACCGGAACGAUCGCCGCAAGCUCAUGGAGUUUCUUAUGUCUUCGGGUUUGGUAAAAGAGCUUCGUUCCCCUUCUGGUUCCCCUACUUCUCUUUCUCCGGCUGAUUUGGAUGCUCUCAGUGCCGAUUAUGUUUUAGAUUGCGUGAAAUCCGGUGGUGUAGUUGAUGUAUCCAAGGGCAGAGAGAAAUACAAUUUUGAUUCAUCAUACCCUGUAACAAUACACUCUGAGUCUGGAGAUUCCUAUUUUCUUGUGUCGAGUCCGGAUUUAGCAGGUUCUCCUCCUCAUCGUAUGCCUCCUCCUCCAGUUAACAUUGAAAAAUCCAGUAACAAUGGUGCAGACAUGUCGCGUCACAUGGAUUCUUCUAAUACUCCUUCAGCUAGAGACAACUAUGUAUUUAAAGAGGAAACACCUGACAUCAAACCCGUGAAACCUAUCAAAAUCAUUCCUCUUGGCUUGCCACCCUUGAGAACAGGGUUAUCGGAUGAUGAUUUACGAGAAGCAGCAUAUGAAUUAAUGAUUGCUUCUAUGUUGCUUUCAAGUGUUGAGGCGUAUCCUACUCAUAGAAGAAAGAUAGAAAAAAGCUCUAGACUAAUGUUAAGUUUGAAAAGAAAAGAUAAACCACAUCUGCAGCCUCAGAUCUCUAAUACACACUCAGAGGUCAUCAACAUGAUCCGUGUACAGAUGCAGAUUUCAUCAAAGAUGGAUACAUGCAUACGGAGAAAUCUGGUACAGUUGGCAACAUUAAGGACAGGUGAACAAAUUGAUCUUCCACAGUUAGCAUUGGGGCUUUUGGUUGGAAUAUUCAAAUCAGAUUUUCCUAAUGAAAAGCUCUACAUGAAGUGGAAGACUAGACAGGCUAACCUACUAGAAGAAGUCCUCUGUUUCUCACCUAGUCUGGAGAAAAACGAACGAGCAACUAUGAGAAAAUGCCUUGCAACGAUUAGAGACUCAAAGGAAUGGGAUGUUGUAGUAUCUGCUUCACUACGUAUUGAGGUUCUAUCGUCUAUAAGGCAGGUGGCUUCAAAGUUGUCAUCACUACCAGGCCGAUGUGGUAUUGAAGAAGAAACUUAUUACUGGACUGCUAUCUACCAUUUGAACAUUAGACUCUAUGAGAAACUAUUAUUUGGUGUAUUUGAUACUCUUGAUGAGGGUCAAGUCAUAGAGGAUGCCUCAUCAAUGCUUUUCCAUAUGAAAUCAAUUUGGUCGACAUUGGGCAUAACUGAGAAUCUACAUAGUGCAAUAUAUGGAUGGGUUCUUUUCCAACAGUUUGUGUGCACAGGUGAGCCUUCUCUUCUAGGGAGCACAAUUCAGGAGUUGCAGAAAGUUACUUCUGCUGAAAGUGGCAACCCGAAGGAAGAUCUUUAUUUAAGUCAUCUAGUAUGUUCAAGGCAAACCAUUGGAACUGACAUACACUUAGGUCUUGUGAAGGCUAUUUUAACUUCAGUUAGUGCUUGGUGUGAUGAUAAACUUCAGGACUAUCAUCUACACUUUGGUAAGAAACCUCGUGAUUUUGGAAUGCUUGUCAGAUUGGCAUCAACAGUUGGACUUCCUCCAGCUGACUGUACCAGAACUGAGCUUAUCAAGCUGGAUACCUUGAGUGAUGAUGUUAGUGAUAAGAUACAAUCCUAUGUUCAGAACUCUAUCAAAGGUGCAUGUGCCAGGGCUGCGCAUUUUGCUUACGUGAAAUCUCAUGGUGAGCGUACGCAUGCUCUAGCUCUGCUUGCAAAUGAACUAACCGUCAUCGCAAAAGUAGAGAUCAACGAGUUUGUCCCAGUUUUCUCCAAAUGGUUACCCGAAUGUAUGAUGAUCUCGGCCAUGCUGCUACAUCGGUUUUAUGGAGAAAGACUGACACCUUUCCUCGAAGGAGUUUCAUCCCUCUCUGGUGAUGUUAGAAAAGUAGUCCCUGCUGCUUAUAUGUUACAGGAAGAGUUAACUCAACUGUAUAAUUGCCAUAGCAAAUCUAAGUUGCGCAAACCUUACUUCCAUAAGUUGAAGAAUUACGAGGUCACUGACAAGAUUUCUUAUAUAGAUUGGAUUUCAGAACAAAAUUAUAUCACUUCUCAGUUUUCUGGUUUGCUAACUCAAUUUAACAUGUCAAUAAGUCAUAAAAGAGACUAUCCAUCGGUUUAUGUGCAGAUAGAAAAGGCUGUCAAACCAGUAAUGCUGGACUGGCUUAUCUCUCAACAUGAUCAUAUCUUACAAUGGACUAGGCGAGCUUUUGAAAUCGAGGAGUGGGAGCCUCUAUCAGUUCAACAAAGACAUGCUGCAUCAAUCGUUGAAAUAUUCAGGAUCAUAGAAGAGACUGUGUCUCAGCUGUUUGGUUUACAUCUACCUGUUGAUAUCACACAUCUCCAAGCUCUUCUCUCAUUAAUUUACCAUAGCUUGGAUACUUAUCUUCAGAGAGUUUUCGAUCAACUAGUUGACAAGAAGUUUCUGUAUCCGUCAGCUCCUCCUUUAACUCGAUUCACAGAAAAUGUAAUGCCAGUAAUGAAGAGGAAGUCACUCGAGUUUAGUGAGCCAGAUAAUAAAAUAGUUAAGAAACUGGAUGAACUGACGAUACCAAAACUCUGCAUAAUAUUGAAUACACUCUGUUAUAUCCAGAAACAAAUCAGUGCAACAGAAGUAGGCAUAAGGAAAUCUUUGACACUUGUUGAAGCCUCUCUCAACAAGAGAUCAGAAAUCGAGACUGAUGAAGCUGAAGUGGAGAAUUCACUGACGCAUAGUGAAGCUGUUGAUGAACUCUUUGCUACCACCUAUGACAGCCUCAGGGACACCAAUGCCAAUUGCAUAACCAAAACCCGUGACCUAAUUGGGGCAAGAGCGAUUUUCUGGGAUCUGAGAGACAUGUUCCUUAUACAGUUGUACAAUGGCACAGUCGAAGGCGCCCGCUUGGAAAGAAUACUCCCUCACAUUGAUUCAGUCCUUGAUACUGUAUGCAGUUUGAGUUAUGAGGACUCACGGGAUAUGGUGGUGUUAAGCAUCUGCCGAUCCGCUCUGGAAGCCUAUGUUCGAGUACUACUUGAUGGAGGGCCAACCCGUGCCUUUUCGGAUUCUGACAUCACCUUGAUGGAAGAAGAUCUCAGUAUUUUGAAAGAGUUCUUCAUUGCCGAUGGGGAGGGACUUCCUCGUUCACUAGUUGAGCAAGAAGCGAAACAGGCGAAAGAGAUCCUCGACUUGUACUCUCUCGAGAGCGAUAUGCUAAUUCAGAUGCUAAUGACUGCGAGCGAGCUCAUCAACAUGGGGGUGAGUUCAGAGCAGCGGCGCUUGGAGGAUGCACAAACUCUUGUUAGAGUUCUUUGCCACAAGAAAGAUCGUAACGCCUCCAAAUUCUUAAAGCGCCAGUACGAGCUUCCUAUGUCAACAGAAUAUGAAGAUGUAACAUUGAAUCUGCCUGCUUUAUCCGAAAUCGUGAGAAGCACAUCCACUCACUGGAGCACAGCAAGCCAGAAUAGUUUCAGUUCCAUCAAGAAGAAGAUUCAGGAGGCAACAUCUGAAAUCAGGAACAACUCAGGAUGGUAG